AUGGGUCGCGCACAAUCUCGCUUCGUGAAGGCUCGGCGCCUUUUCUCUCUUAUCCUCCACGAGGGUGCCACAUGGGGUAUCCUGCUCAGUAGUAUUCCUUCGCCAUCCUUUGGAUCUGGGAUUCUACUCACAUUGGUCCCUUUUUUCGGAAGUAUUGUCCUUUUGACCCUUCUAGAUAUCCAUAAAUGGGGCAUCGUUGUUAGUAGAUGGCUGGCAGCACAAUCAUCAUCUCUGAUGGUAGUCUCCCUCAGUCUGAUGGCAUUCAACGUCAAGGGAAACGCUAAGAAGCCCACCACAAACGCAAUAUUCUUUCUUGGGUACUCGACAGGCUACAUUAUAGGACCACAGUUGUGGCAAGCCCCCGAUGCGCCGCGCUACAUCAAAGACCGUAUCAGCAGUAUUUUCAGCUGGGUGUUACUCGUUAUGUUCUUUGGCAUGUAUUACGUCCUCUUCAGAUGGGAGAAUUUUAAGCGCAGAACUCUUCUGCUCCAACAGACAGAAGACGAGACUGGUCACGAGGCUCCUCCCGAGCAGCUCGAGAAAGGCCCGCAUGUCGGUGUGGACGUCAAUUCUGACUCGGCCGAUAGGCCGGAUCUGAUCUGA